AUGGACACCUCCCGCGUAGGCGUGCUCCUGUCCUUGCCGGUGCUGCUGCUGCAGCUGGCGGCCGGGGGCGGCUCGCCCGGGCCCGGCGUGCCGCCGAGGGGCUGCCCCGCGCACUGUCAUUGCGAGCCGGACGGCAGGAUGCUGCUCAGGGUGGACUGCUCGGACCUAGGGCUCUCGGAGCUGCCCUCCAACCUCAGCGUGUUCACCUCCUACCUGGACCUCAGUAUGAAUAACAUCAGUCAGCUGCCCCCGAGUCCCCUGCACAGCCUCCGCUUCCUAGAGGAGUUACGUCUUGCUGGAAAUGCUUUGACACACAUUCCCAAGGGAGCCUUCACGGGCCUUUACAGUCUUAAAGUCCUCAUGCUUCAGAACAACCAGCUAAGACAGGUGCCCACAGAAGCACUACAGAACUUGCAAAGCCUUCAAUCCCUGCGUCUGGAUGCCAACCACAUCAGCUACGUGCCACCCAGCUGUUUCAGUGGCCUGCACUCCCUGAGGCAUCUAUGGCUGGAUGACAAUGAUCUGACAGAAAUCCCUGUCCAGGCUUUCAGGAGUUUAUCAGCAUUGCAAGCAAUGACCUUGGCCCUGAACAAAAUACACCACAUACCAGAUGAUGCCUUUGGAAACCUCUCCAGCUUGGUAGUUCUGCAUCUCCAUAACAAUAGAAUCCAUUCCCUGGGAAAGAAAUGCUUUGAUGGGCUCCACAGCCUAGAGACUCUAGAUUUAAAUUACAAUAAUCUUGAUGAAUUCCCCAUUGCCAUCAAGACCCUUUCCAACCUUAAGGAACUAGGAUUUCACAGCAACAAUAUCAAGUCAAUACCUGAGAAAGCAUUUGUAGGCAACCCUUCUCUAAUUACAAUACAUUUCUAUGACAACCCCAUUCAAUUUGUUGGAUUAUCUGCUUUUCAACAUUUACCUGAACUAAGAACAUUGACUUUAAAUGGUGCUUCACAAAUAACUGAAUUUCCUGACUUAACUGGAACUGCCAACCUGGAGAGCCUGACUUUAACUGGAGCCCAGAUCUCAUCUCUUCCUCAAACCGUCUGUGAUCAGUUACCUAAUCUCCAAGUGCUAGAUUUGUCUUAUAACCUGCUUCAAGAAUUACCCAGUUUUUCUGCCUGCCAAAAGCUUCAGAAAAUUGACCUCCGACAUAAUGAAAUCUAUGAAAUUAAAGUUGAUACAUUUCAGGAGUUGCUCGGUCUCCGAUCUCUGAACUUAGCUUGGAAUAAAAUUACCAUUCUUCAGCCCAAUGCAUUUUCUACUUUGCCAUCUCUAAUGAAGCUGGACCUAUCAUCCAACCUCCUGUCGUCUUUUCCUGUAACUGGGUUACAUGGUUUAACUCACUUAAAAUUAACAGGAAAUCGUGCCUUACAGAGUUUGAUAUCAUCUGAAAACUUUCCAGAGCUCAAGGUUAUAGAAAUGCCAUAUGCUUACCAGUGUUGUGCAUUUGGGGUGUGUGAGAAUGUCUAUAAAAUUUCUAAUCAGUGGAAUAAAGGUGACAAUGACAGUGUGGAUGAUCUUCAUAAGAAAGAUGCUGGAAUAUUUCAAGUUCAAGAAGAGCGUGACCUUGAAGAUUUUCUGCUUGACUUUGAGGAAGACCUGAAAGCCCUUCAUUCAGUGCAAUGUUCACCUUCCCCAGGUCCCUUCAAGCCCUGUGAGCACCUUCUUGGCAGCUGGCCGAUGAGAAUUGGAGUGUGGACCAUAGCAGGGCUGGCACUUUCCUGUAAUGCCUUGGUGACGUCCACAGUACUCGGCACCCCUCUGUACAUGUCUUCCAUCAAACUGUUGAUCGGGGUGAUUGCGGUGGCGAACAUGCUCACCGGCGUCCCCAGCGCUGUGCUGGCCGGCCUGGACGCAUUCACUUUUGGCAGCUUUGCGCAACAUGGAGCCCAGUGGGAAAAUGGAGUCGGUUGCCAAAUCAUUGGUUUCUUGUCCAUUUUUGCUUCGGAAUCAUCCGUUUUCCUACUUACUCUGGCAGCCCUGGAGCGUGGGUUCUCUGUCAGGUGUUCAGCCAAGUUUGAAACGAAAACUCGCUUUUCUAGCCUGAAAGUGAUCGUGUUGCUCUGUGUCCUGCUGGCCAUGACCAUCGCCACGGUGCCCUUGCUGGGAGGCAAUGAGUACAACGCCUCCCCGCUCUGCCUGCCCCUGCCCUUUGGGGAGCCCAGCACCACGGGCUACAUGGUGGCUCUCGUCUUGCUCAACUCCCUUUGCUUCCUUGUCAUGACCAUUGCCUACACCAGGCUCUACUGCAGCCUGGAGAAGGGCGACCUGGAGAGCAUGUGGGACUGCUCCAUGGUGAAACACGUUGCCCUCUUGCUCUUCACCAACUGUAUACUCUACUGCCCUGUGGCUUUCUUAUCCUUCUCCUCCCUGCUGAACCUCUCCUUUAUCAGUCCUGAAGUCACUAAGCUGGUGCUGCUCGUGAUUGUUCCGCUUCCUGCGUGUCUCAAUCCUCUUCUCUACAUCCUCUUCAACCCUCACUUUAAGGAGGAUCUAGGUAACCUGGGAAAGCAAACCCACCUCUGGAUGAGCUCAAAGCCCCCAAGCCUCAUGUCCAUCAACUCUGAUGAUGUGGAGAAACAGUCCUGCGACUCAACCCAAGCCUUGGUGGCCUUUACUCAAGCCAGCAUUGCCUACGACCUGCCUUCCAAUUCCAGGUCAUCACCAGCUUAUCCAAUGAGCGAAAGCUGUCCUCUUUCUUCUGUGGCAUUUGUUCCAUGUCUCUAGUUAACCUGUGACGGGUAAAGUUUUCAAAAGCUGGAGACUUGAAAAUGUGAGAUCGAGGACAUUACAAUAGUAGCUAAGAAGAACUGAGCUGAAACGUGGUUUAAAAACCAAGUAAGCAUCUCUAAGACAGUGUGGAAAAGCAGAUACUUGAGAGGGAAAUAGAAGCAUAAACACUGCUUGUAUAAUUUGUUCAGCCAAGAAGCGAACCAGACAAGUUAUUUAAGUGAAACCAGAUCAAAAACAGUGGAUUGAAACGUUCUUCAAAAAUAAUUUUCAGGAUUUCAGUUGCAUCCUCUUUAUAAUUGCAUCAUUAUGAUCUCUAGGCAUAGACAGAUUCACUUGCAUUUAAAAAAAUGAGUCUACUUAAAUCCCACAAUUCCUUAAAAGAUGGUCAGAGGUAUUAGGAGAAAUAAAGUUUGAAAUGGAUGACAUUACUAAGGUUGUAGCCUAUAGAAUUUCACUUUAAUGACACAUGGCGAUAUUUUAGUCUUCUUUUGGCAGAAAUGAUCCUUCCAAGACACCAGUUUGUGAAGUGCUAAUAGAAGACAUUGGUUUAUUUAUGCAUCAUUUAAAAGAUCCUGGCUUUUAUGAGUAAGCAACCAGGGCUUCAAUCCUUGGUAGAAUAAAACUGAGUACAAAUAUUUUGAAAGGAAAACAAACUGAAAUUCUUAAAUUGCCCCUAAGGCAAUCAGGUAUAGGUGAUGUUGGUCUUGUGUAACUCAUUUUUAACUUGUUAGUGUCCAAAGCUCAGAAAGAAAGUUCAUUGCUGGCAAUGGACAUACCUGGAAAAGAUAGUAAGCAGUAUGGGAUAUUGUUUAUUUGUUUUGAAUGAGUGCACAUGUUUUGUAAGAGGUGUUAUCAUUGAUUCAAGUGGAUGGGCAUCUUAAGAUAAUCAAAUGCAGAUAUGACAUAAAUGAAGCCCAUGGAUGGAAUCCUCACACAUUCAUCUCUAGUAGCCUGAGCAACAUGCCUGACAACAUUUUGGGCUCAAAAAAAAAAAAAAAAAAAAACUUAGUAAAACAUUAUUCUGUUUAUUUAGCUUGGUUUUAGCUGUAUCCAUUUUGGAUCAACUACUUUAUAUGAGGAACAGUCCUUCUCUGCUUAUUCCAUAUUAACACAGAUAUUAGAUACUUAAAAAUUAUUAAAUAUGAAGAGUCAAAGGAUUAAUUCUUAACUUCUGUGAUCCUAUAUCACUUCAUUGAACCCAAAUCAAAAGGCUGUUAGGUAGAUUUAUUUUUAUAUAAGCAUGUUUAUUUUGAUCAGAUGUUUUAACUUGGAAUUAAAAAUACAUUUAUGAGAUGUUUUAUAAGAUGUGUACAUAUAGAAUUGUAUUUAUUACUAUAGUAAAGAUUCAAUGACAUUAAAAACCAUGACAAUAAACCAUGUACAGUGGCAUAUUCUUCCAUUUAUAUUGUCU